AUGUACAGAAGAGAAACAAUGACCGCAGCAGUACAGCGAGAAGGACAGCAACAGACUCAUUUCGCCGACGACGGUGACGACGAUGACGUUGACGUCGCCGGCGGUGGCGGUGGAGGAGGAAUGGAGUCCAUAGAAGACUCUUCUCAUCACAUUGGCUACGACCAUAACCACCACGGGCUCCACAACGGCACCGAUGGUACCAUAGCUACUACAGCGGCGGCGCUGAAUGGUGUAGAAGGCGUUCCGCAUAACUCUCUAUAUGUCCCUGGCUCGGAAAUGGUUGGGGGAGGAAGUAGCGAUCAGCUUACGCUGUCAUUUCGAGGCGAAGUGUUUGUGUAUGAUGCUGUUUCUCCUGAAAAGGUUCAGGCGGUGCUGCUGCUGUUGGGGGGAUAUGAAGUCCCUGCUGGCAUCCCUACUGUCAAUAUGGCUUCCCAGAGUCAUAGGGCUUCAAGUGAAGGUCCUGGAAGAUUGAAUCAACCACAACGGGCGGCUUCUUUGAGUCGUUUUAGGGAAAAAAGGAAAGAAAGAUGCUUUGAUAAAAAGAUCCGAUAUACUGUUCGGAAAGAAGUUGCACUUCGGAUGCAGCGAAAAAAGGGUCAGUUUACAUCUUCCAAGACAGUAUCUGAUGAAGCAGCUUCUUCUUCUGCAGAGGGGAAUGCAGGCUCUAGCCAAGAAGAACAGGAAACAUUAUGUAGACAUUGUGGAACUAGUUCGAAAUCCACUCCUAUGAUGCGCCGUGGACCAGCUGGCCCGAGGUCACUUUGCAAUGCAUGUGGACUUACAUGGGCCAAUAAGGGGAUUUUAAGAGAUCUUUCUAAAGUUUCAACUACAGGAGCUCAGGAGCUUUCUGUAAAAUCUAGCGAACAGAAUGGUGAAGCUGAUGGAUCAGAUGUUAUGGCGGCUGCUGGUAUAAUCACAUCAGAUGAUGAGAACAUGGUGCUUCCGUCUGAAUGA